AUGCCCCACGCAGAUUCAUCUUUAGUACCAGAGGAAGUCAAAACGAAAUCUCAAUUCUGGACCCAUGUUCACGGCCAACUUGAACCAUUACUUGAUGGCCAAAGGAACUGGGUUUCCAACCUGGCUAAUACUUCAUCUCUGAUCUACAAUGCUUUACUCGCAUUCCCAACCCACUUCGGACCACAUCCUGAUAAGGCAGUCAACUGGUGUGGAUUCUAUAUCGACUCCAACCGCUUUCCCAAGUCUACUGAUUCCGACGUUGAGGGCAACCGUCUUUUACUUGGACCGUUUUGUGGAAAACCAGCUUGCCAAUUCAUCAAUGUCACACCGGGUAAAGCUCGCGGUGUCUGUGCGGACGCUUUCAUGGAUGCAGAGACAAAAUUAGUGCCAGACGUUGACAGCUAUCCGGGACAUAUAGCUUGCGACGGAGAAACCAAAAGCGAAAUAGUGUGCCCUCUGAUACAUGGAAACCAAGUUCUUGGAGUUCUUGACCUGGAUUGCCUUGCUAUGAGUGGGUUUGAUGAGGACGAUCAGAAAGGCCUGGAAAAAAUAGUAGAACUGGUAGUAAAUGCUUGCGACUGGCAUUAA